GGCGUGGCCGAGCCCUCAGCUGACCGGCCGCCAUUUUGUCGGUGCCGGAUCCCCAGCGCCGCCUGGAGCUGUGCCCGCGGCCGGGGUCGCCUGUGCCCGCCCGUCCGCCAGGGCAGCUCCGCCCGUGCCCUCCCGCUCCCCUCGGCAUGUGAGCGCCCCGGCACCGCUGCUCUCACCCGGCUCGAGCGGCAGCAGCACCGCGGCGGCCCCCCCGGCCGGGCCCGGCCCCUCAGCCCGGCGCAGGCCCCGCCGCCGCCGCCAUGGCGCUGAAGAUGGUGAAGGGCAGCAUCGACCGUAUGUUUGACAAGAACCUGCAGGACCUGGUGCGCGGCAUCCGCAAUCACAAGGAGGAUGAGGCAAAAUACAUCUCGCAGUGCAUCGACGAGAUCAAGCAGGAGCUGAAGCAGGACAACAUCGCAGUGAAGGCAAACGCAGUCUGCAAACUGACCUACUUACAGAUGCUGGGCUAUGACAUCAGUUGGGCUGCUUUCAACAUUAUUGAAGUUAUGAGUGCUUCCAAGUUUACAUUCAAGCGCAUUGGUUACCUGGCUGCCUCCCAGUGCUUUCAUGAGGGGACUGAUGUCAUCAUGCUGACAACUAAUCAGAUCCGAAAGGAUCUGAGUAGCCCUAACCAGUAUGAUACUGGAGUUGCACUGACUGGCUUGUCCUGUUUUGUUACUCCAGAUCUUGCCAGGGACUUGGCAAAUGACAUCAUGACAUUGAUGUCUCACACAAAGCCUUACAUCAGGAAGAAGGCAGUGUUAAUCAUGUACAAAGUUUUUUUGAAGUACCCAGAGUCCCUCCGUCCUGCAUUUCCUCGCCUUAAAGAGAAACUUGAAGAUCCAGAUCCUGGUGUGCAGUCUGCUGCAGUAAAUGUUAUUUGUGAGCUGGCUCGACGCAAUCCCAAAAAUUACCUUUCCCUUGCUCCGCUCUUCUUCAAGUUGAUGACGUCGUCAACCAAUAAUUGGGUUCUCAUUAAAAUUAUAAAACUGUUUGGUGCUCUUACUCCAUUAGAACCAAGACUGGGAAAGAAGCUGAUUGAGCCCCUGACCAACCUCAUCCACAGCACCUCAGCCAUGUCUCUCUUAUAUGAAUGUGUGAACACAGUAAUAGCAGUUCUGAUCUCUCUGUCCUCGGGGAUGCCCAACCACAGCGCCAGCAUCCAGCUUUGUGUGCAGAAGUUGAGGAUAUUGAUAGAAGACUCUGACCAGAACUUGAAGUACCUGGGCCUGUUAGCUAUGUCCAAAAUCCUGAAAACGCACCCCAAGUCAGUUCAGUCUCACAAGGAUCUCAUUCUCCAGUGUUUGGAUGACAAAGAUGAGUCCAUCCGGCUCAGAGCUUUGGAUCUCCUCUAUGGCAUGGUCUCCAAGAAGAACUUGAUGGAGAUUGUGAAGAAACUGAUGAUUCACGUGGAUAAAGCCGAAGGGACGACGUACCGAGAUGAGCUGCUGACCAAAAUCAUAGACAUCUGCAGCCAGUCCAAUUACCAGUACAUCACCAACUUUGAAUGGUACAUAAGCAUCCUGGUGGAGCUGACCCGGCUGGAGGGCACGAGGCACGGGCACCUGAUUGCAGCACAGAUGUUGGAUGUGGCCAUCAGGGUGAAAGCCAUCCGUAAGUUUGCGGUGUCCCAGAUGGCCAUGCUGCUGGACAACGCCCACCUCAUCGCCAGCAACACCCAGAGGAAUGGCAUCUGUGAGGUGCUCUAUGCUGCUGCCUGGAUCUGCGGGGAGUUCUCUGAACACCUCGAGGAAGCAAACCAAACCCUGGAAGCAAUGUUGAGGCCCAGAGUUACAACCCUGCCAGGCCACAUCCAGGCUGUUUACGUGCAGAACAUGGUGAAGCUCUAUGCAUCCAUCCUGCAGCAGAAGGAGCAGGCUGGGGAAAAGGAAGCAGCUCAGGAAAUUACACAGAUGAUGAUCGAGCGCCUGCCUCAGUUUGUGCAGAGUGCAGAUCUGGAGGUUCAGGAGAGGGCUUCUUGCAUCUUGCAGCUGAUAAAAUACAUUCAGAAGCUACAAGUAAAAGAAGUUCCUGUAGCUGAGGAAGUGAUAGCCCUGUUUGCUGGUGAGCUGAACCCUGUGGCUCCUAAAGCACAGAAGAAAGUCCCUGUUCCAGAGGGCCUGGACCUUGAUGCCUGGAUCAAUGAGCCUCCAUCAGACAGCGAGUCUGAAGAUGAAAAGCCCAAAACAAUAUUUCAUGAGGAGGAACAAAGGCAUUCCAGACACAGACAGCCAGAAAUAGAUGAAGAGGAACUGGCCAGACGUCGAGAAGCCCGGAAACAAGAACAGGCAAACAACCCAUUUUAUAUUAAAAGCUCUCCUUCCCCUCAGAAGCGAUACCAAGACACUCCAGGGGUGGAACAUAUUCCUGUGGUCCAGAUCGACCUUUCUGUCCCAUUAAAAGUUCCAGGAAUGCCCAUGUCAGACCAGUAUGUGAAAUUGGAAGAAGAGCGAAGGCAUAAACAGAAACUGGAGAAAGACAAGAAAAAGAAGAAACAGAAAAAGGAGAAGAGAGGGAAGCACCAUCGCCACAACUCCCUGCACACAGAGAGUGAGGAGGACAUUGCUCCAGCUCACCACGUUGACAUCAUCACAGAGGAGAUGCCAGAGAAUGCUUUGCCCAGUGAUGAAGAUGACAAAGAUCCCAAUGAUCCCUAUAAGGCACUUGACAUAGACCUGGAUAAUCUGGUUUCAGGGAAGCCUUCCAGACCCUUAGCAGACAGUGAGAAGCUGCCAGUGCAGAGACACAGGAAUGUCGAGACCCUGAAGUCACCAGACUCUGAAGUUCCCCUAGCAGAGAAGAAGAGCAAGAAACCCAAAAAGAAGGAAAAGAAACAUAAAGAUAAAGAGAGAGAUAAAGGAAAGAAGAAAGAGAAAGAGAAAAAGGUGGUAGAGGAGGAGGAGGAAGAAGUAAAAAAGGGGGAAGACUUGGAUUUCUGGCUCUCCACUGCUCCACCAGCUGCUCCCACGCCCCAGCCACAGAGCGAGCCUGGAAUGGGCACUGCUGUGGUGGCUGAAUCUCAAGUGGCAAAAAAAGAAGAAAGGGAAGAACAAGAUGAGGAGGAGGAGGAUGAAGGAAAGAAAUCCUCCAAGCAUAAGAAGAAAAAGCACAAGAAAGAGAAAGAAGAGAAAUCAAAGGAUAAAAAGAAAUCCAAAAAGAAGAGUCAUCACAGCGAGGAGGAGCCCCUGGAGUCGGUGCAGAACGGGACUCUGGAGGAUGAGCCACUACCACCCAUGUCCAGUUACCGCCUUCUUGCUGAAAACCCCUACAUUAAAAUGACCUAUGAUAUUCAAGGAAACCUCCAGAAUGACAGCCAAGUUACUGUGUCUGUUAUCUUUGAGAACAAAAGCACUAGCUUCCUUAAGAGCAUGGAACUGAAUGUCCUGGACUCUCUCAACACUAAAAUGCUCCGACCAGAAGGAUCAUCAGUACACGAUGGGAUACCUGUGCCCUUCCAGCUCCCCCCUGGAAUCUCUAAUGAAGCCCAGUUUGUGUUUACACUUCAGAGUAUUGUUAUGGCUCAGAAGUUAAAAGGAACACUGUCCUUUAUAGUCAAAAAUGAUGAAGGUUCAACCCAUGAAAAACUAGAUUUCAAAUUGCACUUCAGUUGUGCUUCAUACUUGAUCACGACGCCUUGCUACAGUGAUGCUUUUGCCAAGCUCCUAGAGUCUGGAGAUCUGCACAUGAGUUCUAUUAAAGUAGAUGGAAUUAGCAUUUCUUUCCAACAUCUACUGGCAAAGAUCUGUUUUCAUCAUCAUUUUUCAGUUGUGGAACGCGUUGAUUCGUGUGCAUCCAUGUACAGCCGUUCUAUCCAAGGCCAUCAUGUCUGCCUACUGGUAAAAAAGGGAGAGAACUCUGUAUCCAUAGAUGGGAAAUGUAAUGAUUCUACCCUGCUUAGCAACUUGUUGGAUGAGAUGAAAGAGACAUUGUCCAAGUGCUGAAUAUUCCUUAUCAAAUAUUCCAACGACCAGAAACACACCCAACGUGUAAAGACGAGCAGACCCAAGUGUUAAGUUUCUCCCUCGUACGCAUGUACUACCCUGGGGCACGUGCUUUCAGUUAACUCCACCAUUGGUUGCAGUUUAGACAUUUUAAGGCUGUAUGUUACCUUUUUAUUUUCAGAACUUUUUACAAACUGUGGUGUUAACCCUUUCUAGCCCAAAGAGAUCCUGGUGACAUGACUGGAGGAGGGAGGGAGGGAGGGGUGGGCACUAUUUAUUCAGCAGCUCAUGAUGAUCCCAUGACCUUCAUCUGUGUGGGAUGGCGACUGAGCAGGACUUUAUCAACAGUAGCACAGUUUGUUGUUUGUGCUUACGCCAGGGAAGGUUGACUUAAUCCUUAGCCAUGAAAAAUGUCUUCAGGGCUGCUGUAGUUGAUGUAUAUUUCUAGCAGAGGCUGGUGCUGGACCAGAAGGCCUCUUUUUGUUUUGUUUUGGUUUUUUUUUAUAUAUAUAUAUGAUUUAUUAUUAUCUCAAGAUCUAUUGUGAUCAGCAUAUAAAUAUCCUCCAUCUCCUUGAGCUAAUCCAAAGGAGCCCUGUGGGAACUGGGAUGUUUGAGUUUGUGUUUAUAGUAGUUGCCUUGAGCCUUAACCUUCUUUUAGUGACAGCUGGAAGAGUUGAGUGUGGAAGCAUGAAACGGGCUGGAAGUGUUAUUGUUUGGGUCUGUGCUCCCCUCGACUGCCCCACACACAGAGUCUGUCAGGCCUCUCCCCUUUGAGCUGUCUCUGCUGAUGUGGUUUAUGAGUCCACUUCAAUUUCACAUUCCUGAACAGUUAAGCUGUAGCAAGAAACUGGAAAUCCAAAGGGGUCUGUUCCUGCUUUUUUAUCCUUUUGCUCACCAGCUGAGGUUGACCAUUACCAGGUUAGAAAAACAGUAAUGGGUGCAGCCCCUUGUGUGCAGGUCCAUGUCCUCCCUCUGGGCUCUGAAACCAGCAGGGUCAUUCUGUCUGUGUCCCCUCAGUGUCCCUCAGCCCUGCCCUUGCAGCAGUGAGAGCAGAUUUGGCAGCACAAGUGCCCCACAGUCCCUGUGGCAGAGCCCUCCCUGCUGGGGUGCAGGAGAGAGGGGUGCAUGGGGAGCCCCUGCCCCAGAGGCAGGAGGGAGGAGGGUGAGGAGCUGCUCUCCCUGCUGGGGUGCAGGAGAGGGGUCAUGAGGAGCUGCUCUCCCUGCUGGGGUGCAGGAGAGGGGUCAUGAGGAGCUGCUCUCCCUGCUGGGGUGCAGGAUGGGGAGGGGGCUGAGGAGCUGUAGGUUUGGGACUGUAGCAGUUACUUUAGAGGGAAGAAGGGAGAGUCUGGGAAGUGCCCGUUCUGCACUAUUGGAAUCUUGUGGAGUCACUGACAGGAAAGGGAUGUCAUGGUGUCCUGCAGAGAUGCUCAGUUGAUGUCCUUGUCCAACAUCCCUUAUUUUUUAUUCCUCUGUUCCAUUUCUUUCCUCACAGUUCAGCACCCAGUGAGCAAAACUCUGUGAAAGGGUUUUGCUUCAGGGCACACGUCAGGAGCAGCUGAUUGCUCCAAAAAGGUGCCCAGGGAGGAGUUGGCUGGGUCUGCACGUCUCCAGCACCACCACCACUCCUAAAACACCAAACCCCCAUGCAGGGAGCAGGAUAAAGUGUUGAUCUUCUUUGUUGGGUGAUGUCCUGUACUGUACGCGUGUCUCGUGCUCUUUACACUCUUCCCACAGGAGGUAUUUUGGCAAAGGCUCUGCUCUGGUGCUCUGGGUUCCUUGCCAGGCCCAGCUCCGUGUCCGACCGUGCUGCCACGACGUGGAGGGUUUGGUUUUGGUCAGCCUCCCUUGGUUAGCCAGUUGUGUAUUAGAAACUGAACAUAUUAAAAUUGUCUUAAAGGAUAAUGUUCCUCAAUUAGUGUUUGGGUUUUUUAAUUCAUGGAUGAAAACUGUCACUUUAGCAUGUAGAGUCUCUUACAGAAUCCUGUGCAGUGAUUCUAGAAUUUUGAAACUGUAUGAUGUGUUACAUUCACAAAUUUAUUUGCUAUCAACAUUCCCUGGAAGAAAAAAAAAAGAAAAAGAAAACAACAUACCACAAGCUGCUGUAAUGAUUUUGUGUCAAGAUGAUCCAAUAAACUUUCAAAACAAAGUUAAA